AUGCUAAGACGUUUUGCUUCUGCGCAUCUUGCUUCUGCGUACCUUGCUUCUGCGCAUCUUACUUAUGCGUACCUUGCUUCUGCGCAUCUUGCUUAUGCGUACCUUGCUUCUGCGCAUCUUGCUUAUGCGUANCUUAUGCGAAUCAUAUGUUCCUCUGCCAUUACUCGACAAAAUUUAUUUCGUAAAUCUUUGAUAGAACCGGUGAUAGAAGAAGAAAACAAAGUGAAUAAUGAUGAAGACGAUACACAUUUUUUUGAAACUUUAAAAACCAAAAUUAAGAUUAGUCCUUUAAAAUCUUUACAAGCUAAGUACGAAUCAAAACAAGUAUAUGGAGCAAGAAAGAGAAAAUAUAAAUUUAUUGAAGAAAGCAAGAAUGCAAUAAAACGUUUCAAAGAAGACAUGGAAAAUAAAAAUCAAAUAGAAGUAAAUACGAUUAAUUUUCAAUUCAGAAAAAAAGAAAUUCAUACAGAUAAUACAGCAUUUUCUAAUUAUAACAAUGAUGUUCUCAAAUCUGUUAAUACUAACAUAGAUAAUAAUGAGGCUUACGCAUUAAAAAGAGAUUUUACUUUAAUUUUUCAAACAGAUAAAGUAUCUGCUAAUGAUCAAAAUGAAUCUAUAUUCAUUAAACCAAACAAUAUAUAA